GUGAUACCCGGGCCGAUAUAAUUCUGCUGAAGCACUAUAUUAUAUAAUGGACUUACAUCAAGUAUUUUUUAAUAUUUACAGGCCCACUGUGACCGCUGUAACCGGAGCAAAAAAUGCAAAGCUGAUCUGUAUCCAAGAUGACAACUCUGUAGACGAAGAUUCUGAUUCGGGAGCAAAAGACUGCGAGAGUGAUGAUGAAGAUCCGCCUGUCAAAGUGGUUACUUCUACCUCUCAAACGCAGACUGAGUUAGAAGAGAACCCAAAGGUUGACAAGUCCACACAAAGAUCCGCUUUAAAAAUGAGAAGGUCGGCAAAGAAGCAACAAAAGUGCCUCAAGAUGCUUCCCAAAGAAUACGCUGUGAAUGUUAUACAAUAUAAGUUGGACUACAAGAAGUAUCAGAAGAACAAUCCUAUAUACAGGAAGACCCAAAAUAUAGUGCCAUGGAAGCUUAUGGGGCAAAUGUCCGACGAGAUCCUUGAUGAAGUAUUGCUAGGGGUAACUAAGGAGAUAGAGCUGGACAAAAUUCUCGAACCUAUUUACCAAUCGGAACUACAACUAUAAUUACUUAAUGAUCGCUACAAUAAAAACGUCCCAAGCAUGUUUCGUCUGUC